AUGCAGGAUACCACUUUUGAUCAUUUCACCCUUUCCUCCGACUACUCUCUCGAUACCUCGAAGUACAAAUUCGGAAAUAUUGAUGGAUUCAUGAAGCAAAGCAGUUCUGUUGAUGAUGCUGAAUUUAUGAAGAAAAGUGGUGCAGCUGAUGAUACUGGAUUUAUGCACGAAGUGUCUGGUUCUAAUUUUCAUGAUCCUCACCCGCAAGCAAGAAAUGCCUUCAAAUCCAACCAUUACAGAAUUAAAAACCGAAAUAUCAUGUAUGGCCAAGAUUUUCUCAUGUUAGAUCUUAAAAAUGAAAAUUCUCGCUUGCGAGAGACAAAUACUGCCUGGAUGAACUUCAGAAACCAGGCACUUAAGUUGGGCCGAGGUUUCCCAUCCGAUGGAAACUCGCUCCUUCAACAAAAUAUACCCAACGAGAAUCCCAAUUCAAAUGAUUCCACAAAACCCGACAAGCCAAAAGAAACACAAUCUCAAGAUGUAGAGUUUCUCCAAAAAAAGAUAUUUGAGCUAACUGAAUCAGAAAACAAGAUCAAAGGGCAAUUAUUAGCGGCUCAUGAAAUUUCGGCCAGACUUAGAAUCAAAGUAGAGCAAACCAUGACUAGAUGUGAGCUUUCUCAAGUUAGCUAUACACGAAUGAAGGAAUGCUAUGAUGAUCUUCUUGCCCAGCAUCAGCAGCUUUCAAAAAAAAUCGAUUUAACCAACGAAACCGAAAUGUCUACUCAAACGUUGAUAUCGACAUUAAAAAACGAAUUGGAAAUAUCACAAAGUCAACUCUCUGAAGCGAUAAAGUCACUAAAUGAUAGCAAAGAAGAAAUUGAGUUUUGGGUAGCCGAGUGCCAAAAGUUCAAAAGAGAUUAUCUGUAUUAUAGAAUGGCUGCUGACAAUAAUGCAAAAAAAAUAGAACAAGUGUUAAUAUUAUUACGCGAUAAAGAAGCCGAUUUUAAAGCCCUAGAAGAGGAACACGUUGUAUUGUUAAAAAAAAUUGGCUCCAAAUAA